UCGGCGCGGCCCCGGCCAUCCCGCACGGAGCCCGGGGCCGCCGGCGCCGCCACCGCCCGGAGGAAGUUCCCUUUCCCUUUAAAUGCAAAUCCCCGCACCGGGGCUGCGGGGACGGGUGUUCGGCGGGCUCGGGGACGAGUGUUCGGCGCGCUCGGGGCGUCCGGCAGGACUCGGGGCGUCCGGCAGGACUCGGGGUGUCCGGCGUGCUCGGGGUGCCCGGCGGGGACACGGCCGGAGCGGGGCCCGGCGCAGACGGAGCCACCGAGAGCUGCGUCCAUCCCGCACAGGGUCCCCGUCACCCGGCUCCGGUGCCCCCGCACCCUUCAGCAUGGAGGAGCGGCGGAAGAAGAGGAGCCCCAAAACCUGCCUGGCCCAGCCGGUACCCGCGGGGGCCCCGCGGCCGCUGCCCCCCAGCAAGAGCACGUCCUUCGCCCUGCCGCUGCCCACCCUGCCCUCGCCCCGGCAGCGCGCCCGGCUGCGGCGGACCAGCAAGGAGCGGGCGCGGGCGGGCGGCGCGGGGGCGGCGCGGGGGGCUCCGCUGCAGCACAGCUUCCUCACCGACGUGUCUGACGUGUACGAGAUGGAGGGGGGACUGCUCAGCCUCCUCAGCGACUUCCACUCGGGAAAGCUGCAGGCGUUUGGGAAGGAAUGUUCCUUCGAGCAGCUGGAGCACGUGCGGGAGAUGCAGGAGAAGCUGGCGCGGCUCCACUUCAGCCUCGACGUCUGCGUGGAGGAACUCCCCGAGGAGCAGAAGAAGGCGGCGGCCGACAGAAACCUGGACCAGCUGCUGGCACACCUCGAGGAGCUCAGCGGCUCCAUACAGAAGCUGCACUUGGCUGAGAGCCCCGACCCCGAGGACGCGGCCGCCUGACCCCGCGCCUGGGGGGACCCCGCGCCGGGACCCCCCAUCCCCGCGGAGGCGACGCGGGUCAGCGGGGCCGCCGGGC